UAUUAGAAUCGAUAGCCGGUAACAUUUUAAUUCCCGUUACUCGCUGCUCUCGUUAAUCCAGUUAAAAUUCAUUUUUGCGUGUUAAACGCGCGCGAUACUCGAUACUCGAUACACUCAAGCCUACGGCACACGAUGCGCGCUUUUUCCGCAUUGGCGGACCGCUACGGGAAAAAGAAAAAAAAAAAGAAACGCGCACAACGCACCGCACCCGUGGUGGUGGGCUUUAUUUGGAUGAUGUGCGCAGGUGCACAGUGGUGGUGCACAGUUUUAAUUACUUCCGACGACCGAUGUUGCGCGCAGAAGCCUGCCACUUACUGGCCACGAGCAUCACUCUUGUUUUAUCACCGUUUUGACACGGGCGAAGGCGCGUCAACUAUGCGAGCGUUUAGCAAUAAAAGUUACGCCACCGCGCGUUACGUUACGGCUGUUUGCGCGUGUGUGUAAUAUUUUUUUCGCGCGGUGAAAAAUGUGCAGGCCGCCCCUCUCGAGCGCGCGCGCGUUAAAGUAGUCGGAAAACGACGGAAAACACGGUGCUCUCUGCGCGAAACUUCAGGCGAGGAUGAAAUAUAAGUCGGCGUGAUACGUACGGGCUUUAAAAAGCGCUGAUACACGCGCGCCGCGGACACAUGCGGCGAAUCAACAUGAGCCCGAGUCGAAAUUGCAGUCCCACGUUAACCCUGCAAAUUCCGUCAGAGGCUUGGGGAGGAUCGACGGUGAGAUGUAACAUCUUCCCUUGCCGCUAUAAUCCACGGCGUGCACAUCGAGCCGGCGCACGAGGUAAAGAAACGCAGCAUCAGUCAGCCAGUUCGCAUUCUGCUGUCUUACGACGAGAGCGUCUUCAGGUUGGACGACGAGAAGCUGGAUCUCAUUAACAAUACCAUUCUGCCCGAGGCCGUGCAUUUCUGGGAACGAGCGUUGAUGGUGCGGGAGACGAAGAGCACCAUUAGACUGAACAGAAAAUGCGAGAGCAGCCAGGUCUUCGUCAAGGACCACCACACGCACUGUAUAGACACCUGCCGUCCCAUUACUAUGUGCGGCGAGGUAGUCGUCCCGGAGGACCAUCUUGACGUUUGCAGGACGUGCAACGCGACGGGACACAACUGCGGGGUAGCGGAGGGCAGCAAGGCGGGACCGGGCAUCGACGGUGCCGAUUUCGUUUUCUACGUGUCCGCCAUGCAGACCGAGAGGUGUCACAAAGGCUUGACUGUAGCGUACGCUGCUCAUUGCCAACAAGAGGCUGCCUUGGACCGACCGAUAGCCGGCCACGCCAACCUGUGCCCGGGGAGCAUCAGCACGAAACCGCAGGAGCUGGAAACGUUGCUCAGCACCGUUAAACACGAGAUCCUGCACGCCUUAGGAUUUUCCGUGAGCCUCUACGCCUUCUACCGGGACGAGAACGGCGAGCCCAGGACGCCGAGGAGGAGCGAUACCGGAAAACCGCCCCUUAAUGAAAAAUUACAAACGCAUCAAUGGAGCGAGAAUACGAUCAAAACCGUGGUCAGGCCUCGCUGGCAAGUGCACGGCGGCUACGUGGAGAGGAGCAUGCAAAUGAUAGUCACGCCUCGGGUCCGCAGCGAGGUUCAGGCGCACUUCAAUUGCCCGGAACUCGAGGGCGCGGAACUGGAAGACCAGGGCGAGGAUGGCACCGCUCUCACGCACUGGGAGAAGCGCGUGUUCGAGAACGAAGCUAUGACAGGGACGCAUACGCAAAAUCCAGUUUACUCGAGGAUAACGCUCGCCCUCAUGGAGGACACCGGCUGGUACAGCGCCAACUAUUCGAUGGCGCAGGAGUUGGGAUGGGGGAAGAAUCUAGGCUGCAAUUUCGCUAUGAAGUCCUGCAAAGAGUGGAUAUCCUCGAAAUCGUCGCCAUUAUCGGGAAAGUCGAUACAUCCCUUCUGCAACAAAGUGAAACAGGAUCCGCUGCAGACCGAGUGUACGGACGAUCGGAGCUCGGUCGCUCUCUGCAACCUGGUGAAGCAUCAGCAGCCGUUGGCCAAGAAAUAUCAAAACUUCGACUCGAUUCCCCACGUACCAACCGGAGAGGAACAAUACUACGGCGGAUCGGUGUCUCUGGCGGAUUACUGUCCGUACAUACAGGAAUUCACGUGGAGAGCGCGGAAUAUAGUAGUCAGAGGGUCCCACUGCCUUUACGAGGAGAAUAAUCCGCACCCGGACAAGAAUUUCGCGUUAGAGAAGUACGGCCCGCACUCGAGGUGCUUCGACCACACUAAUGACAUGUGGGAGGAGAGAACUUGCAAACAAGCGCGCCAGUGGCAGCAUUGGGGCUCCGGUUGUUACCUAUACAAGUGCGAAGCCGGCAGACUGCACAUUAUGGUCGGCAACUACACUUACACCUGCUAUCACGCUGGACAAGAGAUCAUCAUAAGAAUUAUGCAGAACGGAUGGCUGCAUAAGGGCGCCCUGAUCUGUCCCCCUUGCCGAGACAUCUGUCAGGGGGAAUUUAAAGCGCGGAGCGAAUGGUGUAAGCCGGGGGACGAGCAUCCACCUUCUACCUAUUACCACAAAGACUAUCUUCACUGCGCGUCCGCAGAUAGCAUCGGCCUAAGUAUAUCGACGCUCGUCAUCGCGGUCCUCUCCUUCGUCGUUAGAUGAUACGCCGUCUGUUUUAGUUAAUAUUUUAGCGUAUCGAGUCUGGGUUCAUAGACAACUUUCACUGGCCCGUGUACCGUUCGGCGAUAACGUUUUCAGGCUGACCUGAAAAUAAUUUAUUUUCUGCGACAGCGCGCAACCGUGUACGAGUCCUUCCCCCUCCCUCCCCCCCCCCCUAUUUCUCUCGCCCUCUCUCAUUGUACCGUAACAAUAUAUAAUGGAUACUGACCGAGGUGACAAUCGUAAUUAGACUUAUCGUCGAUAUGACAGAGCAUUGGCACAGCCAGGGGGUUCGAAAGCUUCGGGGAUGAAGGAAUCGUCCAUCAUCGAUCGGCUUCAGCUACGUUACGCUACGCGAUAAAUACGUAUCACGGAUCAAACGAUCCAUAGUGAUAACAUGACGAGGCAUUUCAUGGAGUGCCAAUCUCGUAUAUUGUAUAUGCUUCCUCAGUCUGGGUUACCCGUUUACAGCCGACCUGCUGCCGGUUUCGUUAUUAUUAUUAUUGCGUACCGCUAUGAUUGAGACUUAUACACGAUAUACUUUGGUCGUUGCUUUCAGUGCGAACAAUAUUUAAGAGAGGUUGAGGGAUCUCGGUCACUGCUCGAUUUUAAGAUGGUGGUAUUAAUUACACCGUAGCCAAUAGAUAAUUAUUAGCCGUAAUCUGACUGAUGUAUGUACACACGGACUACAGCCGCUGCCGAGAUAAGCUUAACACGGAAUUUCGUGUGCGAGAAUGAGACGUAAGUUAAUUAUAUAAUUUAAGAAGUUUAAGGUGGGAAACGCUACGCGUUGCCGACAAACAACCCUGUCGACCUGUAUAUUUUUCUCGGGAUACAACGACGCGAAACUUCGAUAGGUAUAUCUACGCGUUGCGAAAACAAAUAGAGUUGCAUAUUAAAAUAUAUAUGCAAAUACCGCGUGGUUGUCGCUUCACGUUACAUUCGCCAAGUGUUGCGGUCUGUUUGUUUGUUGGUAAAGUGUAACAUAUUUUUCCACGUACACAUGCAUAUACACACAGCCAUCUCUGGGAAUUAUAUUAAAAUUAGACGUUAACGUGUAAUUAAGUCUUGAUUUCGAUAUUAAUGGCAAAAAAGGUCUGAAUUUUGCAUUCCUUCGAGAGAACACGGCGCCUGACUGCUGAUACAUUCUCUCCGGCGCGGUCUGUAUUACCGAGAGAUCCGCGGACACAUUCCUGGCGAGGGAACGCGCGAGGGAGUUCGUGUGUUGAAAUACGCAAGUCAUAUCGAACAAUAUCCAAACAAAUGUAAAAUCAUAAAAUGUAAAACCGAAGCGAUUCAAAAGUAUGCCUGUCGAGUGCGAGUUUGCUGAGAAUUGUCUGAGAUUGUUGCGAAUCGAUCGUUAUGAAUCUGGAUGUGCAUCGUAUGUGUGUGUGUGUGUGUGUGUGUGUGGCAUAUAGAAAGGGUAAAACUUUGUACAUAUAUGUAUACAUAUAUUAAAAGAAGACCGCGAAAUCGAAUAAUGCAACGGAUGCGCGACAGUAAUUUUUGCAUAGCCUAAGUCUAAGUAAUUAGCAUAAAACAUACCUAGUUUGAGAGGGUUUGACAUUAAGACGCGAGAUAGGGGUGUGCCGUCGAGAACUGAGAGCUUCUUCAAUUUUCCGUCGCUCAAUCAUUUCCGAUUUGUAUAAUUUUCGUGGCCGUGUUCGUUCGGACUCGAUUCACACGUGCGCGUUUGUAACGUGUGACUAUGAGGAAGAUACAUCGAACUUGAUUUUCUCGAUGCUUUUCUUAUAUGAAAUGCAUCGACGCUAUAUUUAUUGGCGCAGAUUAAUCUUGAAUGAGACGUCACGAAUGAUACAUAUUAUCGUAUGGGAAACACGACAAGUGUAAGUACACGAAGUGUACACACUAAAGUCUGUAUAUUAAUCGCGAUAGGAUAUGUCGCUGUUCUUUUUCUCCCAAUAUUUUCGUGUUAUUGAUUUUAUUUUGUUCACAGGUUCGGAACACGGUUCGAGUAGUAUGGCAGAGUGUUCAUUUGUGAAGUAAAAUCCGAUUUUAAUAUCGAAGCAUUUUUUGAGACAUUCCAAAAGAGGACACACGACUUUUCAUCAUUCACGCGAACUUUUCUAACGCGGAUAUUCCGAUGUCGGUAUAAUUGGGAAAAGUUUUAUCAGCACGUAAUUAUAUGAGCGUUUAAUCGAAUUUUGUACAGAGAUCGUCGAUACUGAGAACAGGUGUCGUGUUCUGUAAAGUACUUGAAGAUAUCACGGUAUUGCAUCAAAUACCGAGAUGUAUACACGAGAACAUUUCUCGUGGAUUUCCGCGACGUUGUUGCGCGACACGACGACGGAUUUUAAUUUGUUGACGCGCGCCAUCCGGGCAAUAUUAAUUGAUACUGGGCGCGUCGAGCAUCAGAAAGCAAACGCGAGACGUCAAAUGUGUUUUAAUGAUUCUAUAAGGCCCAACUAAGAGGGACAUAGAUAUGAAAGAUAUAUAUGUAUGUAUGUAUGUAUGUAUGUAUGUACUUGUGUGUACGAGUGUGCGCGCACGCGGCUAUCUAAAUACAUAUAUCAUAGAUUUUAUUCAAAGGGCUGUUACGCUGUGAGACUUUUAUGAGAACAAUUAUAUACAAACUCACGCGAAAUUGUUGAAACGUAUGUUUGGCAACUGUUAAUUUGUUGUUUCGUUUUCGAUCUCUAGUAAUCGUCUAUUUGGUCCUAAUGGUUGCUACGAAAGACACGUCGUGAUUCAAAAUUGUAAAGUUUCGAUAAAUGGUGCAUUUUAAAUCGGUUGCGUGGCUCCAGGAACUCGGAGACAAAUCCCCGGUCUCUCUUUCUUCAGUCGACGCAAGCCUGAGAAGCGUAUAAUAUUUAUAUUUCGUAGGAUAUAUAAUGCUUCUAAUAAAUUACUGACAGAUAUUUUAAGGCAUAUCGAGAGGAUGAUGUGUAUCAAGGGAGAAAGAUAUUAGUUUCGAUUAGGUUACAUCGUUGCGGAUAAUUUGCGAUAUCUUUGUUACAAUUAUUACGAUAGAGAAUAAUUUGCAGCACUAAACUACUUCAAUAUUCUAUCACUUAAUUCCAAAAGUGUAUAACAUAGAUUAAAUCAUAUUUUAACUUUUUAUAAGUCGUGCCAUUAUGGAAAAAAAAGAUAAUUCUUCGUAUCUCGAUAAAUGACAGGGGCAUAAUUCUUUUUAUCAUUCCAACUGAGUUAUUCGGAAAACUGUUAACAAAGAUUACUUGAUAAAAGAGAAGAAUAAAUAUUUAAAUAUAUAUA